GGGGACACAAAUGUGGAGUGUCGAACGUUGUAAACAACGUUGUACUUGUACACAACAUUGGAAGCAUCGUGUGGGACCGGCAUUACACACACGUGAUAAAUGUCGAAUGUGACAACUGACAUAAUAAUUUUGACAUUUUAUCGGUGGUUGGAUAUCGAGGUAGGAAGUUCACAUUCGGAAAAUUACAUAAUAAAUCCAAAAACUCACAAAUUUUAAUUUUUCAUAGGAAAAAAUGGCCUCAACUCUCACCAAAGUUCCGUUGUUGCGUACCGUCGCUGCCAGGAGCUACUCUCAGGCGCUACCCGUUUGCGGCAACCCAAACUAUGACCUAAAGAGUACAGUAAUAUCAAAUAAACUAGUUGUAGCGGCAGUUGAAAAUGAUUCCAGCAUUGCCAGGGUUUCAAUCAUCUUCAAAGCUGGAAGUCGUAAUGAGACUAGUGACAACCUUGGAGCCACCCAUGUGAUCCGUACUGCGGCUGGUCUAUCUACCAAAAACGCAUCUCAGUUUGCUAUCAUCCGCAAUGUCCAGCAAGUGGGAGCCAGCAUAACUGCUACCACUGAUAGGGAGACAAUUGCAUACACUUUGGAAGGUACCAAAGCAGCUAUUGAACAGGCACUGCCUUUUUUGACCGAAGUGGCCACUAAACAGGUGUUCAAACCUUGGGAGGUUGCUGAGCUCUCCAAUAGGCUGCAGCUGGAUAUUGCUACCAGAAGUCUACAGAUCCGUACGAUCGAUCUUCUCCACAACGCCGCCUUCCGCAGCGGCCUGGGCAACUCCCUAUUUAUCCCCAAGAACAAGAUCGGCAAAAUCUCAUCGGAGACUCUUCAACAUUACGUCGCGUCCACUUUCCUCGCAGGCAGAUGCGCAGUUGUAGGAACGGGAGUCAACCAUGGGGAAUUGACGCAUUACGCGCAGCAGUUGAAGAUCAAUGAUGGAUCUAGCUGCCCUGCUCCUUCACCUUAUAAAGGAGGAGAGUUGAGGUCGAACAAAGGUGGUGAUUUGGCGUUUGUAGCCUUUGCUGGAGAAGGUGCUCCGAUUACAAACACCAAAGAUGCCCUUGCAUGUGCUGUACUCCAAAGGGCACUAGGAGUUGGACCCCAUGUCAAGUGGAGCAACCAUGACAACGGUGUCUUAUCAAAAUCGAUUGGUGCCGGUCAAGAAGGCUACGCUUCUACCGCCAUCAAUGUCAACUACUCAGACACCGGUCUGGUCGGUGUGUUGGUUGCUGCUCCUGCAAAAUCGGCGAAGAGCGUCGUGCAAGCCGCAUAUUCCGUAUUGAAAAAUGGAAAUAUUUCCGAUGCUGAUGUCAACAGAGGCAAGAAUCAGUUGAAGACUCAGUUGCUAGUUGAUGCCGAAUGUGGUGCAACUGCCAUUCACGACAUUGCAACUCAAGCUGUUCUGACAGGCAACCCACAAACUGCCGCUCAAUUGGCUGCAGCUGUAGACUCAGUUACUACUGUUGAUGUCCAAAGUGUAAGUUAAUUUAUUUUACGUCAUUUUAUAGCAGUAUUUAUAGCAAUAAUAAUAUUUAUUUUAAUCCAGAAGACAAUAAUUUGAGUCAAGCAGCAUCAAAAUAUUUAGACAACAACUACAGACACCUGUACACAGUUUUUGUGAACUUAAAAUUUAGUUUCAGGUAUUGUUUGAACGCGUCAGAAAAAUUUGUUUCAUUAAAUUUUGAGCAUUAAAACUGUUUAGAAAGUGCAAAACCUCAAAUAGAAUUUAAAAUACAAAUCAAAAAACGAAAUAUUUCAACUAAUUUUCUCCAAGUUCAAGAAGUCUGAUUAAUUUGAAAAUUUGCACAAGGGUCAAGUGCCAAUGACAACACAAUAAUCUUAGAAGAAAAUUCAAAUCUGAG